UCUCGUAGCGUCUCGUAGCGUCUCGUAGCGUCGCGACGCGACGUUCUCGAAGUACGCGCAGCGCACAUACCCGCCGCGCGCUGACGCACGCACGCGCGAAUAGUCGGCCGUCGGUCCCGGUCGGGAAAGCGAGAGAUAACGUGCGAUAGCCGUUCCCAGCGAAAUCGCGAGGACGGUCGUGGAAGAGACGGGAGACUCAUCGAAGUGUCUUUGUUCGCCGCAUUGUCUUGUCUCCGCGUUGUCUCUUUCUCUCUUCCUCUCCGCGCUCCUUGCCGCCUUCCCACGCGCUCGUGCAAAGUUCAUCCCCGCCGGUCGCUUACGUACUCGUGCCAAACCGCGCGUCGACGGGGGUGACGAUAAGAGGCUCCGCGAUAAGAGAUCGCGUUUGUCGUAUUCUCGCGAGCGUCGCCCACGCGCGAUUUACAGAAUCUCAGUGUCGUCUCCCGUGACUCGCGCGUGUUAGUAAGCAGACAGCUCCUGUUCAAUCACUUUGACAGUUCGACGAGAUGUCCGGCUAUCCGACCGAGGUCGAUCCGUUCAGCGAGACGUCGCUGGAGAUGCCUAUGGAACAAGAAUCCUACGAAGGUGAUGAUGAAGCGACAUUAGAAGAAAGUCCAAAGAACGACGUGGAAACUAAUGCUGUGAUCGAGACAGCUUACGCAGAACCUUUGAUCCCAGAAGAAAUACGAUGGUUUUACAAAGACGGUGUUGACAAAAGAUGGAAAGAAUUUUGCGGAUACGAUAGCAUAAAAAUCGAGAAAAUUUAUCAGGAACGUCAUAGCUUAAUUAGCCAAAGUAACGAUGGCACGAACGGUUUGCCACCUGCUGAGAAAAUUGUAGUUAGAGGUGGCAUGUACGAUGUCGAAAUUGAUAAUAUGAAAUGCGUUUCGAUAUAUUGGCCAGGUGAGGAAUGGGAAAUUAUGAGGGGUACAUGGUAUUACGAUGGCAGCUGGAUCCCAUUGGAAACGGAACAUUCCAAAGUAAUAGAGGAAGUGCAUCUUAAAUUAUUCCAAAAGGAAAGCAACAAUCAAAGUAUCACUCCAUGCGAAACAAAUGCUCCUCAGUCUUGUAAAGUGUUACAUACCGAACAAUUUCCCGAAUUUCACGUCGACUGGCAUUCGAUUAAUGACGUAACAUUAUACAGCGAAUAUACGCCUACUAAACUGAUGCGUAGCGUUACAUCAAAAUUAGGUUUUGCCAAAACAACAGGUUAUCGCUUGAAAAGGGGUUACAAAACGCGUGCAAGUACGGAAGAUAAGCCGCGCGAUAUCGAUCAUCUAGUGUUUGUUGUUCACGGAAUAGGACAAAAGCGUGACACAGAGAAAAUCAUACGUAACACCACAUGUUUCAGGGAUUGCGUGGAUUGGCUCAAGCAAAAAUAUUUUCCGAAUUCUAAACAUAGAGUAGAAUUCUUUGCAGUCGAAUGGCGAUCAUCAUUAAAGUUAGACGGAGAUAUAGUAGAUGCAAUUACGCCUUAUAGUGUAUUAAGCAUACGUCAUUUGUUAAACACGUCAGCAAUGGAUAUUUUGUAUUAUACAAGUCCUCUGUAUGGCGCUGAAGUGCGUGCUGGCUUACAAAGACUGAAUAGAUUGUACUUCAUGUUCGCGAGUCGGCAUCCCGGCUGGCAAGGGAAAGUCUCAAUCUUGGCGCAUUCUUUGGGAUGUGUCAUUGUAUACGAUAUAGUUACAGGUUGGAUGGGACCUGACACGCGGCUCUCAUGCCCCCAGGCACAAGAAGUUUUAUUACAAGGAUUGCAAUUUCCUAUAGAGAAUUUGUUUUGCUUGGGUUCGCCACUGUCCGUAUUCCUGGCGCUGCGCACACGUACUCCAUCCAAUACGCUAGAUGUAAUGCCGCAGGGUUUGUGUAAGAGAUUUUACAACAUAUUCCACUGGUCGGAUCCAGUGGCUUAUAGAAUGGAACCACUUUUGGAGAGAGGUUACAGUAAAAUCGAGCCAGUUCUGAUACCGCCAUACGGAGGAGUCGAUGGUCAGCAAAUGCCACAAUCGCCUUCAUCGCUGAACAAUGUCGAUCCGACUUUACCGCCUACAGUGGAAAGUGAUGAAAAAGAUGACAGUCCGGUAGAUAGUCCACCCAAUCGUAAUUCAGAGAAGGGCUGGAGUCUUUGGGACUUAGUGCGGGGUGGUUGGAACGUUAGAGAAGGUCCGUCUUCGCCGACUCCAGACUCAAAUCCACCAAUCCGUCCAGGCCAAGAAUUAGCGCAACGAUUGGAUUACGUGCUACGUGCAGUUGGUUUAGGAAGGAAUUAUUUAUAUACUGUAAUAGCGCAUACAGGAUAUUGGAAUAACUACGAUGUGGCCUAUUUCGUAUUAACGAGACUCAUCCCGACGUUAGAAACAUGAUGGCGGUUUAAACAGUUUAGCGCGGAAUCUCAAUGGUUUCUGCUAAAAUGCUCUAGUCCAUUGUAGGCCUUUUUUAGAACGUGAUAUCGCAUAUAGGCCUACCACCAAAACAAUCUGUGAUAACGGAAAAACGAUACAAUAAUGUUGCAAAUUCUAUGAAAAUUGAUCAUUUUAUAUUGUUCGUAUUAUUUGGUAAUCGUUUCACAUCGAGUUACACGAACGUGUUGUCUUUGCUCGUUUUGAAAAGUAACUUGUUUAUACCAAACAUGUUAGGUAAUCGAUAUUUGUACAUAGCAUAAUAAACUGUAUUAUAGGAACGCGCAGGAAAGGAAAUUAUAAGUUUCAUGAGAAUUAUGUUACUAUCUGAUAAAUGUAGUUUAUAAAUAUGCGAACUAUUUAUUAAGUACGAUACUUUGUAAACUCUCUAUGGCUUGUUACGACUCGGCAGUUGUUUUCGAAUAGUUUAUCGGCAACUGAUGUAUUCCGUUGAUUGCCUUUGUUGUAUAUAAAUAAUAUAUAUAACAUUUUAAAAUUGGCACUAGAUGUGCUAAAUAUGUUAUUGAUCUUACGAUGGAGUAAAGUAAGGUAAUGUGAUGCUUACGAAUUUUUCUUACAUAGAUAUUCGUCGUUAAUCGAUUAACAAGUACACAUUCGGAAGUAUUCGUAUAACUCAAGUAUUCGAAUAAUGCAGAAACAUGAGACACCAUACAUUAUAAUAUUUUAAAUAAUAUAUAAUUUAUUAAGAUACGCUUUACUUAUAAAUAUUGGGGCAAUGUUAUAUCUCUCUUUGUACCUUAUCUUUAAUUUAAUAACAAUUUUUUUGUUACGUAGAUUUUCACAUUGUUUUAAAAAGCUUACUCAAGCACAAAGUAUUAAAUUAAAUGUAAAUGAAUGGAAUUGUAAAUCUCCAAACAUGAUUCCAGAUCGUAAAUUCUCUGUAACAAACUUUUUAAAAAUAAAAUUUCUAUUCUGUAGUA